CAAGGGGAUACGGAUACUCACUACUCACUACUCACUACUCAGUGCAUGAUCAUCUUCACAUGUGAAUAAGCACGGGCCCUGCUGCCCUCAGUUGCCUGCCUCUCUAUUCCCCAAUCCCACUGUUCUCUUGUGAACUCUCUCUUCUCUCUCUCCCACCAAAUAACCAAAAAAAUACAGUAAACUUUAAUUGGAUACUUGAUUAUUACUUCCAAAUAAAGUUUCAAUAAAAAUAAAGAAGAAUAAUGUUGAAUGUGCACAAUUUCAUUUCAUAAAUAACUUUGAUCUAAUACCACCUUUUAUUUCUCCCAAACAUACAAAUGAUCAAGAUAUACAACCCAAUACAUUUCUUCCUGUGUGCUCUAGCCUUAUUUCUCUUGCUGGCUAAUAGUUAUGAUGGGCCUCUUUAUGAUUCUUCGGCCUAUACAGAGUGCAAAGCAUAUCCCGAGGACCCACUAUACAAUGGAGGACUCUUACAUGACUAUAGGAAGUCCUGCAUUAGUGAUGCAUCAGCAUCACUACCCACUUUUAUGUUGCACAAUCUCUCCACUGCUUUCUACACCUUCUCUGCUUGGGUGAUGAUACAAGGAGUUGAUUCAUCUCUAAUAAGGGCAAGCUUACAAGCAGAACACGCAAUAUUAAGUUGUAUAGGAACUGUGAUAGCAAAGCAAGGAUGUUGGUCCUUUCUCAAAGGAGGAUUUGUCCUAGAUUCACCUUCCAAAUUUUCAUUACUCUUUUUCAAGGAUUACAAAGGAAAAUCCACCAAUGUAUCAGUUGCUAGUGCAUCCCUGCAGCCUUAGUGGAAAUUGAAUCAAGAAGCAAUAAUUAACAAAGAACGCAAGCGUUUUGUGACAGUUCAUGUGUCCAAUCUGCAUGGAGAAAGGCUAGCAGGAGCUUCGUUAACCAUUCAGCAAAUCUCCAAAGAUUUCCCUAUUGGAUCUGCCAUUGCCGCUACCAUUAUUGGAAAUCUUCCUUAUCAGAGUUGGUUUUUGAAGAGGUUUAAUGCAGCAGUGUUUGAGAAUGAGCUCAAGUGGUACGCCACAGAACCAGAACCAGGAAAAACCAACUACACCUUAGCUGAUCAGAUGCUAGAAUUUGUGAGAGCAAACCAGAUAACUACAAGAGGCCAUAACAUUUUCUGGGAGGACCUGGACUACACUCCUCAAUGGGUCAGAAAACUCGAGGGACCUGAUCUUCAGCAGGCUGUUAACUCUCGAAUAUCAAGCCUGAUGAGCAGAUACAGAGAAGAGUUUAUUCAUUGGGAUGUCAGCAAUGAGAUGCUCCAUUUUAAUUUCUAUGAGCAGCGGCUUGGACCUAAUGCCACCUUAGAUUUCUUCAAGACAGCGCACAAGGCUGAUCCGUUGGCUACCUUGUUCAUGAAUGACUUCAAUGUGGUUGAGACUUGUAAUGAUGCUAAUUCGACUGUUGAUGAUUAUGUUAGAAGAUUAAGGGAGCUUAAAACAGGAGGAGUUACAAUGGAUGGUAUUGGUCUAGAAGGGCACUUUGGUGUUCCUAAUCCUCCUUUGAUUAGAGCUGUCCUAGACAAAUUGGGCACCCUUGGACUUCCCAUUUGGCUCACUGAAGUUGAUAUAUCACAGACUAUUGACAAACAGGAACAGGCAUUUUAUCUGGAACAAGUACUGCGAGAAGGAUUCUCACACCCAUCAGUGAAAGGUUUGAUGCUUUGGACAGCCCUACAUCCGGAGGGACGAUGUUACCAAAUGUGCCUUACAGAUAACAGGUUUCAGAACCUCCCUGCAGGAGAAAUCGUUGAUAAGCUGUUAAAUGAAUGGCAAACCGGAAAAGUAGAGGGAGUUACUGACCAACUUGGUUCAUUUAACUUUCAUGGAUUUUUAGGGGAGUAUACAAUAAUGGUUAAGUAUGGAAAUAGAACCACAAAUUUGUCACUCUCCUUAACCGGAGGACACGAAACUAGAUAUAUAAACCUUCAACUCUAACUAUACACUCUGUUAGGACUGAAGCAUAACUUAAACAUAUACGUACUACUAUACACAUUUUUGGGGGGCACACCCUUUAAAACGUUAUCUUUGUAAUAUUAUUAUCGAUCUACUUGCUCUAUAUGACUAUAUGUGCUAUCAUACACAAACCGUCAAUCAAAGUCUUGAAUUCUACGACACCCCUGAAACGACAAGAGGAAAGGUUAAACAUAUAC